UCAAAAUCUCCGCUCUGGGAGAAGCAGAGUAAAGCAGAAGAACUGAUGGGCACCGACCUAGUGGGCGAGGCUUCCAGGGAAGAUAGGGCACAGAUCCUUAGACAAGUUGGCAAAGUAACAGUAGACACCUUAAAAAAAGUUGGCUUCAAGAAACUGAAGAGGUUGUCUCUCGAUUACGCGAAAGAUAUCAUUAAAAAGAUGAAACAGGACAAUGGGUGGAGCUGUAAAGGCACCAUGCUGAAGAAACUUGCUGGUGCUACACCCAAACGUAUGAGGAUGUUUCUGCCUGCUAAGUGCGUGGAGGAGGCGGAUGCGACGACUGUGGACGAAAUAUCGGAGGAUUUGGGAGAAGCUGCGAUACCAGAGGAAGACGAGGAGCCUAGGUCCCUGAGAAAAAUUCUUCUCUCUCCAGCAGCCUCGACAUUCACGUCCAGGGUGAUGAAGAAAGUCAAGAGAAUGACGAAGAAGCAAAUAAAACCUUUUCUUAACUCCAUGAUGGUGGAACUUGUACCUGUCCGGAAACUUAAAGACAUUCCCGCAGCAUCUGUUUGCAAUGAUGACAUGUCCUACGGCUACACUGUACCUGCACAGCGACUACUCUUGCUAGAGAAGUGCAAAAGUUCCUUCGGUACUAUGAGCGGAAGGAAUUCCGCCUUGUAUGGAGCCCUGGCUAGUGUGAUGACGAAGGAAGACAUUGAGGCCAUGGACGCUGAGGACGACGACAUCUGGUCAACGGCCCAAACGUUUUGCCAGCAAGAGGCUGACUUGACUCAAGAACAGGAGAAAGCCCUAUACAAUAAAAUAAAGCCCAGGCUGAUCAGAGAUUCUUAUGCUGCUUUGAAAGACGAAGGCACAUUGGAAAAGUCAAAAUGUCUACUGAAACACUUGGACGACAGUAUUUUGAAUAACAUCGAAAACGGCGAUCGCGAGAAAGUGUGUGAAUAUAUCGGGAAAGGCGAACUUAUCAAAAUGCAGUCGAAAACAGUGGAGAGGUUGAAGACGCUGUGUCUGAAGACCAAGAUCUCUUACAAGAAAAUGGGUGGAUUAUUACGGGCAAUGAAAGCCUCAGACUUGAAGGACGAAGAUGAACAAGUGAUGGAGAGUUUCGAAGAGCUCAGCAGUGAAGUUAUCGCCCCUGAUGCCAGGGAGGCGCUGUAUUCAACUGCCUGCUCCACUAAAUCGCGAGAUGGAGGCGGGAAGAUCGGGGCCACGGAGAUGGCACUGUGCGGGAGACUGGUCAGCGAGUUUGGCGAUCUGUCUACAGUGGACCAGGAGGUGGUGGUUGACCUGGUAGAACCUAUCAGCCGGGAGUGUGAGGCGGGUCGGAAGAGAAUGUGGGAAUGUGUGAGGAAUGGACAGGCCAAAGCGGAAUGCAGACAGAACCACAAGGGAUGUAAGGAAUCCCUGGCUCACAUCUUCCGCACUAUCAGCAAAUCGGAGGCUGUCAAUCGCAAAAGAAGAUCGGUGCGGGCCCCAAGAGCGACAGAUGAAACCUGUUUGUCUACCUUGACCUGUGAUGAUAUUAAGCUGGCCGGUACGGAGGCAGUCCUCAUUGAUCCGGAUCAGCUAAAGGCUCUCUGUAAAUCCCACUUCGAUGACUGUGCCUCCACACUGGGAUCUCUAUCCGACUACACUGCUGAACACAGACAGGCGCUACUGGAGACAGCCAUAGAGCACUGGGGUGAGCCAAAGACAUGGACUGCUGAACAGGUGGAAAGAGCCGGGGUCAUCGUCUUGGCCAUGGCAAGGUCUCAGCUAGAGAUGAUACCCAUCACUAACCUGGAGACGGCUCAUUCUGUCGGCCAGCACUACGAAUGGAAUACACAACCAGAAAAGCUGACGACUGUUUUCGACAAUUGGCUGAGGACAAGCAAGCAGAACAACGUAUCCACCAUUACCUCCGUGGAUCUUCGAAGCAUUGGACACAUUGCGUGCGGGGCGGGUACUGAUGCCAUAGACCAGAUACAUACAGAGGUCUACAUGGAUGCUGCGCAGGCUAUCGGCCGACUGGACACCUGCAGCGUCCUCCAGCUCAGAGGGUGGGCACAGAAGGCGGUGCAGUCCCUGGGGCAGGUGACGGAGUGGAGCAGGGCAGAUGUGGCCACCGUCGGCUCUGUCAUUGGUGGAUUGUCCAAAGCUGAGAUACAGCUGCUGACCACGGCCCAGAUACAGGCUAUUCCCUAUUACACGAUCCCCAACAUCCCCGCAAUGUGUUUCUCAAAAUUCACCGAGGAUCAGCUUAGACAAUUCCACUCGCUACAAGCCGUCCACAUCACCGACGACCAGAUCAAAUCUCUGUCAGACACGAAGCGGGCCAUCGUUACUGUGAAGGCUGAACAGAUCCGGACUCAGGCCACUAUCCAGGAUCCCGACCCUGACGCAGGAGGAGCGUUUAUCUGCGCGUCUCUGUGGGUACUCCUCACGGGCCUCCUCGCGUUCUUCCUUCAGAUCUGAGGAGCUACUUCAUCGGUGACAGUGCGCGAGGCUCUCUAGGAGGGGUUGUCAAAAAAUGGCCCUCUUGAGAAGUUAGUCUGAAUGGCCUACGUUUGGACCACCCGAACUCCAAACGAGAAUUCACGAACAUUACGAACAUCACCAAGGGUUUUUUAAGAUUAAUCAAUAUGUUUACAAUUUGUUCUAAGACGACGGAAGAUAUUUUCGGAGCGUGUUCAGUAUGACAAUUGGCAGUUUUUAAUUUUUAUGUACAUAGAAUUUUGUUGAAGUAAGCGCACUGUGAUAGUUUGUAUGAAUCAAUUUGUACCGACACUAUUGUCUUUCGACAAUACUAGCUUUGUAUAUUUGAAACUGUGGAACAAUUCAGGUGGAGUUUUCAGAAAAUGCCUCAAAAUGUUCUUUAUUGUCUGGACGUCAUUCUGACUUCAUUGCCAAGCAAUCACUGCAUACGUGAAGGAAGUCUUGGUUUGGAUUAUUUUCACAUGGAUCAAUAUACUUUUUCACCUUUGCUAUGCUAUCACAUUCAUUACUGUUAUGUUGUGGUCGGCAGGGCAAGAACGUUAUAUAAAACGAAAAAUAAACACAAUAUCCG